CAACCAGCAGAAGAGGAGUGCGAACGGGGAGCCUGUCAUCUCACUGGUGGAUAACAACUAAAACGAGGAUUAAUAUCGCGACGCGUAGCCUACUAGCAAAUCAAAAAAGGGCAAAAUGACAGAGGUCCUGUCUUCAUCUCCAAAUGAGAAGACUCUAAGUGCCAGUGAACUGACUGAAUUCUUUGCCAUGUGGGAGGAAUUUAACUUCACAGAUGCCAGUGACAACAGAACACAGGUGGAAACUUGCCCCACGUCCUUUAACCGAUCUGCGCUUCUCCAUGCUAUGUGCACCCUCUAUGCCUUCAUUUUUGUCGUGGGCCUGGCUGCCAAUGCGCUAGUGGUGUGGGUGAACUUGCGAUCACAGCGUCAUUACCAUGAAACACACUUGUAUAUCUUAAACCUGGCAGUGGCUGACCUGUGUGUGGUAGCUACUCUCCCUGUGUGGGUGAGCUCAUUGGCACAGGGUGGUCACUGGCCAUUUGGCCAGGUGGCUUGCAAGCUUACACAUCUUCUUUUCAGUGUCAACCUCUUUGCCAGCAUCUUUUUCUUGGCCUGCAUGAGUGUGGAUCGAUAUCUAUCGGUGGUAUGCUCAAGGGAGAUAUCUCACAGACGCAAAAGACAAAUACGCUUUUUAGUGUGUGUUGUUAUGUGGCUGCUUGCUUUGUUUGCCUCAAUACCUGACACAUACUUCCUCGAGUCGGUAAAGUCAUUACACAGUCAUGUGACCUUGUGCCGUCCUGUAUACCCAGAGGACAACCCUCUGCAGUGGAUGGUGGGCAUUCAAUUGAGUUUUGUGGUUCUAGGCUUUGCCAUUCCCUUCCCUGUUAUAGCAGUGUCUUACACAUUGCUGGCAAACACACUGACUUCCUCUUCCUUCUCCUCAAAUUCCCCUUCAAGUGGAGAACAGGAUCGUAGUGUGAGCAGGAAGGUCAUCCUCACGUACAUAGUAGUCUUCACAAUGUGCUGGGCACCAUAUCAUGCUGUACUCCUAGCCGACGCUCUGGCCAUGUUGGGAGUGCUUCCUCUGGGCUGCAGUGCAGAGAAUGCCCUGUUUGUGACGCUGCAUCUUUCACAGUGCCUGUCACUGCUGCACUGCUGCGUGAACCCUGUAGUCUACAGCUUUGCUCACCGCCACUACCGCUAUGACCUCAUGAAGGCCUUCAUCUUCAAAUACUCCACCCGUACGGGGCUUACACAUCUAAUGGAGGGCUCUCAGGGCACUGAGACAGAGUAUGCAAUGGUGGAGAACAACCCUACAGCUGUAAACUAGGUCCCACGGGACUUUCACCCUCAACCAGAGUUCUGCACUGCUUCAAAACAUGACCUCACUUGACAUGUUCAGAUUUGAAUUUUCUAGAUAAGCAAAACUGAAUUAAAACAACAGGUUUUUCAUUGAACUAGCAAAUGCUCAAUGGUGGCCCCAAAUAACUGAACCCUCUUGAGCUUUUGGAAUAAUUCCAAAUACAUUUUGCAGAAAUGUGCCAAAGACAUAUGGCUUCUUAUUUUAACUUAUGAACCAUAAGCACUCAUCCAAACAAUAGAGUGCAAGCUGAAGUAUGUAAUUUCUGUGCCACUGUCACCACCACAUGUAACUGCAAAAAUAAACGUUGUUUUCAAACAGCUUUCCAAACACACGUGAAGUCGGAAUGAUGUUUCCGAUAGUUUCGGUACCCUAGGAUCGGCGACUGUAUGCCAACACGCUGACAUGCAGCAUACUUAUCAGACAUGUUUGCAGUGGUUUCAAUGUGUUUACCUUUCCACCUGGUGCGAUUGAUAGCACGUUGCAUCAGCUGUGUGGGAGACAAGGGAUCAAAGCCAGGCAGUAUCCACAUUUGAAUAGUCAAUGAUGAGCAUGAUUUGGAGGUUUCACUUUUCCCUCUAACAUUACUUUUUUACUCCACUGAUGGUUAAGGUAAGGUUUGGGUUUGGGUUGGGGGAUAGAAUCUAAAAAUAUAAAUAUAAUGCUUUUCUCUUCAUUGUAUAAUGUCAUGCAAAGCUGAAAACAACUUGCUUCACUACUAGCUUUUGGCGACCUCUCUCAUGGCCAUAUGCCCUACAACACUUACUGCUUUGGCCACAGGGGGCAGUGUUUAGAAAUUUCGGUCAACGUAUACCGAUUUUGAUGAAAGAAAAUUCGAUCUACUCUUUCCUUUCGGUCAACCUAUACCAAUUUUGACAAAAGAAAAUUUGGUCUACUCUUUCCGAUUUCACUGUGAGAUCAGGCUCGAAACACUGGGCCUCAUUUACUAAUAAUUGCGUGGAUUUUGCAUACUUAUGAGCACAGGAAAAGUUCUCACGGAAAAUUUCCAACUGAUACAAACAACAGGUGCAUACGAACAUGGAUUUGUUCUUUUCCUCAUUUUAAUGUUAAUGAAUCUGGAUUACUCUAAAUGAAGGAGCGCUUGCACAAAGUUGGUCAUUUGCAUAAAACACACCCAAAUCAUCUCCAUAUAAGGGCUUUCAGUGCCACCGUACCUGUACAGUUGCAAAUGUGUAGAGAAAGAUGCUGCCAGAGUAAAAGGGCAAAAAAAAUCACACUAUUAAACAGUACAGGACAGCCAACCCGAUCUCAUGAAAAUUUUUACAUAUUUUACGAGUUGGCUAUUUCAUAUGCUUUUGUAUGAUUUUGUUCUAAUGAAUUUGUACGAUUUCAUCAAGUGCAAAUGCCCGCAUGUGUAAUGCGAAAGCGCGAGUUCUGCGCACAAGGUGUCAAAGACAUCCUUAUUAAUAUUAUGUUCUUACCCAAACCCCUUUUCUAAACCUACCGAUCAGUAGAGUGUGUCAACAUGAUAGGAAGCUUUUGUGUGUGACAGAAGCAAGUCAUUAUCCAGUAUUAGAUGGAAAUGUCCAGCGAUGUCAUUGGCUGUAGUGAAAGUCGUACGAAUUCAUAAGAGUGCAGUCGUAUGAUAUCAUACGAAUUAGCCAAAUUUAGUUACGAUUUCGCUGUGAGUGCGUGUUGGUACAGCAUUACAAUUUAGAAUGAUUUUAUAAUAUGUAGGCUACAACUGUAGAUGAACUGAAGGAGUGCUUAGAGCGCUGCUUGUGCAGGUCCAUUUUUCUGUGUUUCAUCGAUGACAGGUUCAGACUGUGCAUGUGGUCCAAAGUGCUCGAAGUGCAUAAAAAUCUGUGGCGGUUCACCUUCGACUCUUCACCUGAUCGUUUCACGAACAAGACACCAUACCGAAAUCUAAUGCCUCUGUGUUUACAAUUUUUUAGAAAAUUAACCUAUGAAUGGCUUACUUAUAGUUGUCCCUGCAUAUUAAGCUGGGAUAGGAGAAAGUGUUUUAACUCAGAAAAAGUUACAUAUUCAGCUUUAAGCAACUUAAACUUCACAAAACUAAGUAAGAAAUCCUGGUAUUACUGUAUUACAGCUUGAUGUGGUAUCAUUCAAGAAUGGCUGGAAUAUCUCACAUCAUGAACGAAGAUGUUACCAUAGCAACUUUUUGCCUGCAACAUGUAAACUUGUCAUGCCAUUCUCACGUCAGUUAGAACAAUUCCAUCCAAGACUCUGCAGUCUUCGGAUUUAUUGUGUAUGUAUGUUUAACAGUAUGUUUCAUUAUAAAUAUAUUGGUUUAAUUACAUACUAUCAUAUCAAUAUUUAAGAUUUCCUAACACAACCCCACCACUAAACUUAACUAUUUAUAAACAAUAUAAAACAUGUAACAGGCAGUAUAUGUUGUCACAACAGUUUUAUUAACAUUACACUAGAUAUUACAUUAAAAUAGAUAUUUUUAAACACCUAAACCCAACCCCUAUGCAUAAAUCUAACCAAUACAUAAAAUUUUUUAACAUGUGAGGAGAGCAGGGUUUACAUUUUACAUUACAUUUUACAUUUAUUCAUUUGGCAGACGCUUUUAUCCAAAGCAACUUACAAAAAAGAUCUAGAGAUUUGAGUGUUACGGUGGCUGGGGACACUGAUUGCUGUACAACGGCUUACAUUUAGAUCUGUUCCUCUCACAAGUCUACACACGGCUUUGGAAGAUCCAGAAUACAGUGCACAAAUAGCAUGAAUUAUGAUCAGUUUUGUGGUGCUUUUCUAAUUUUUGAGACGCAGCUCAGACAUUCGGAAAACUCCCUUUAUGAAAGGCAAACAAACAAUGUGCAAAUACAAAAUAAAUAAAUCAAUCAAUAAGGGAAAUGAUGACAGAAUUUUCAAUUAAUUUCAUUUUAAAAUAUAGCCUUGUGUAAAGUAUUUAAAUUGUAAAUUAAAUGAAUAUGGUAUCAGAAUGACAUUUAAAAUAUGGAUAAAGGGUGACAUUUUGCUGAUGCAGGCAUCAGAUCAAGGAGGACAGUUUAGUGGCACUGGUGCAGGCAAAAGGUGCUAUAUGGAUGUUUCAUUAUGAGAGUGUGUUGAAUAAUGACUUCUCAUAAAUGUGAAAUAACUUUUUAGAAUUUAAGCUUAAGUUUCUUACUUGCUUCUUAGUUACCAGUCUCUUACUACUGAAAAGCAACAUACGUUCGUAACUAAUAAAGAAUUAUAAAAGAUUGGUAACAUUUGUAAAAUGAUCCUUUAGGGGGCCUGGGUAGCUCAGUGAGUAAAGACGCUGACUACCACCCUGGAGUCGCAAGUUUGAAUCCAGGGCAUGCUGAGUGACUCCAGCCAGGUCUCCUAAGCAACCAAAUUGGCCCGGUUGCUAGGGAGGGUAGAGUCACAUGGGGUAACCUCCUCAUGGUCACCAUAAUGUGGUUUGCUCUCAGUGAGGCAUGGGGAGUUGUGCAUGGAUGCUGCGGAGAAUGGUGUGAAGCCUCCACACAUGCGAUGUCUCCACAGUAACACGUUCAACAAGCCAUGUGAUAAGAUGCACAGAUUGAUGGUCUCAGACACAGAGGCAACUGAGAUUCAUCCUCCACCACCCAGAUUGAGGCGAGUCACUACACCACCACAAGGACUUAAAGCACAUUGGAAAUUGGGCAUUUCAAAAAGGGGAGAAAAAAACAAACAAAAAAACAAUCCUUUAGAUGGAAUGUUGAAAUAAUGUUGAAAGAAUGUUUCAAAAAGGAGAUUUUGAAGUUAUUUGUAUUUGUUGCAUAGCUCAAGUUCUCUUUUUCUUAAGUGUGUUUAUUUUUAGAUGUGGCCUACUUACUAUUGAUUGAACUGCUCAAAGUAAUUUCACUGAUAAGAAGAGAGGGAAUGUUAUCUUUUUGGCAAGAGAAUUGACAUCACUUAUGUGUUUUGAACAGUCUGUGCCCACAUGUUCUGUUCUCUGCAACAGCUCAUUCCAAAAUUUUUAAAGGAUGGGACAAUCUGAAUAUUUGCAAUCUGGAUUUUCAAAGACUGAGUGUUCAUAUAGAGUUGUUUUCAAUAUAUAUGUAUUUGUUUGUGUUUAAACUUCACUAUAGUUUUUGUUUUGUUGUGUAUAUAAUGUUUCAUGACUGGCUGUAAUCUGUAACAGCUUCUCAUGUGUGUACUUGGAAGGGCAUUUACUUAAAGUUUACUGUAUCAUUAAUAGAUUGUGUGUAUAUUUAGAUUUUCUGUAAGGUAGCUUAAAAAUAUUGUUAUAUUUAUCUUUAUUCUAUCAUAUAUUUUUGUUGUAGAGUUCUGAUUGAACAUUGCAAAAGUAAAUGUUCUGGAAAUAUAUAUUUUUUCUUCAAAAAAAUCUAUUGAAUAACUUGUCUCUCUUAAACAUCAAAUGGCCCUUCUCUAAAUUCCUUUUCCGUAUUCUCUUGCUCAUAAAGCUAGAGUAUUUUAUCUCAUGGAAACUGCAUGGAUAGGAAUUUACCCAUGCAUGAGCUAAACAUGGAUUCAAUCUAGACUUGCCAUUAAUGUUUGAUUAAUAUAAACACCACUGUAUUAUUACACCAUGUGUUCGACAGUGAUGGCCCCCUUUAAUUUACACACUAAGGACUUCAUAAAACCUUAAAGGUAAUGACUACAGUCUUGGAGAGGGUGGAUCUAAAUGCAGGAUUCUUUUAAUAAUAAACAAAUGAAGAUGAUACAACAAGGAAGGUUAUAACUCAGAAGAUAAAGUAGCAACACACUACAGUCUUGAAGGGUAACAAGGAAAAGAAUUGACCCAGAACAACUGAAACUAGGGACAGCUGGAAACAAUCGGGGAGGUCAAGAACAUAGACAUGACAAGGAAAUUACCAAUACUUCAACCUAGGAAUCCUAGAUAAUUUCAACAUAAAAGUCUCUGGGAAUAUAAUGAUAUCAUGGUUCAUAUGGUGACAUUUUCCCUCAUCAUGAAGAGUAAGUGCCACUUUUACAACUGUCACGUCUGUCAUAGAGAGAUGUCACAUCUGUAAUGCCGUCCUUUCCUCAUUAAUCUGAAAAUGAUAAAGAAUAGAAAUGAAAUAUUACAAGUUCUUAGGAGUGACAACUCUUCUACAUUAUGUGGCUAUUUUUAUUUCUUGAUUGUGCAUUUAAAUUCAAAAAGUUUUACAAAGUAUGUGGUCUCCAAAAAAAAAACUAAUGUCUACUUUUCCAGUUGUUCGUACAGCUUUUUUUAAUUUAAUUCAUUCAAAUAAAUGUGAGAUUAUCACACUACUUUAUCUCUGUGUCUGAUUUAGAAAGACAAGAAGACAAGUUAACCGUUAUUGUUAUUCUUCCAUUUGAAUUUGGUCUGCAAAAAUUAAUGAAAGCUGUAACUAAUCAUUGCUGGCAAGAGAACAUGAUAUACUGUAAG